AUGAUUCGAUGCCUUCUAAAAGAAAGCACUUCUUUUGUUUCGUGUAAAUGUGGGUUUCCUACUUGGCCUAGUACUUGGCUGAAGCAGACGAUGUCUUGUUUCUCAUCUGCUUCUAAAACAGUCCCAACAGCUGGUAUUAUAGUGAUUGGAGAUGAAAUUCUCAAAGGACAAGUUCGUGACAGUAACUCCCACUUUAUUAUCUCAAAACUUUACAACAUUGGCGUGCGGGUAAUGAAGGUUUCUGUUAUUGGUGAUGAUAUCAAUGAAAUCAGCAAUGAGGUUCGCAAGUUCUCACACCUCUACACAUAUGUUAUAACAUCAGGUGGUAUCGGGCCAACUCAUGACGACGUCACAUUUGAAGGUGUUGCUAAAGCUUUUGAAGAAAGUACUUUUCCUCAUCCAGAACUUGUAAAAAUCUGUUCUGACUUCUACAAAACCACUGAUCUUAGUUCACCCGCUAUGAAGCUGGCAUGUGUUCCAAGAUCAGCAAAGCUGAAAUUUGGUUUUGAUCCUAUCCAAAACUGCAAGUCAAAGUACCCCAAUGUAUCUGUUCAAAAUGUUUAUAUCUUCCCAGGGGUUCCUCCUCUUUUAGAGAGAUCAUUCACUAUUCUCUGCGAGGAUUUAUUUGGAGGAUCAGGAUCAAAAUUUUACAAGGGGGAUUUGUAUAUUGAUGCCACCGAGGUUUCAAUAGCUGAUCAUCUCUCAAAGGUGGUUGCAGAGUUUCCGUUAGUGACGAUUGGAUCAUAUCCUGUGCAUGACAAUAGCUACUAUCGCAUUAAAGUUACUGUGGAGGCGAAAGAUUCUGAUUUGCUUGCAAAGGCUGUGAAAAGAUUAAAGGAGCUGCUUCCACAAAAUUACCUUGUCAAUUUUGACUCUGAACCAUUACAAUCAUCAUAUGAAAAAGUACAAGCCUUGGGUGCUGAGGCAGGAAUGAGUCAUAUAACUUCUUCCCUACAAGACUUAAUGCGGGUCUACUCAGAAACAAGACCAGAAGAAACAAUCUUGUGUAUUGAUGCCAGUCUUAGUGGUAUCGUCACUUUGCACCUUGUACAUGCUGUACACAAAAAAUUGCAGAGGAAAGAUAAUGUGCCAACUAUUAUUAUUACAAGGGAAAAGGAAGUUCAAAUUGAAAAUUUUGUUGACAAUAUUGCUCUAAGGUACCCAGUACACCUUUUAGGAGAACCAAAUGAAUUAAAUGUAAAAUUGUCAUCCCUAUCUGCUCUACAUGCAGAUACUAGCCUGUUAAUUGCUGGUUGCAAGUAUAGCUCUUCAGCUCUGCAAGAAAUGCUUAGUACCCUGUUUACAAAGGAAAAUAUUGCCAUCUGUUCUCCUGUUUCAACAUGGAGUGAAACUCAAAUCCUUCAAUUUAUUACAAAAUUACAUUUGUCAUAUUUCAAGGAACUUAGCCUCAAAUAAAUAUAUAGCUAUUUUGCGUUUUUAAAA